CACAUCUUCGGUCACACUGCCCAGCUAAAUCUUUUGUGAUUCAUUUUCGUUGUUUGUCUUUUAAGAACUAUCCCAAUUACAAGCAACCUUCAGCAUGCAGGAUCAGAGCCCCGAGCUGUACGAGGAGGUGAAGCUGUUCCGCAAUGCCCGCGAACGCGAACGCUAUGACAACAUGGCCGAUCUGUACGCAAUCAUUAACACAAUCCAGCAGCUGGAGAAGGCCUACAUUCGCGACUGCAUUACGCCGCAGGAAUACACGGCGGCCUGCUCCAAAUACCUGGUGCAGUACAAGGUGGCUUUUAAGCAGGUGCAGUGCGACGAAUUUCCCACGGUGGAGACUUUUGUAAAAAAAUUCCGACUGGACUGCCCGGCGGCGCUGGAGCGAAUUAAGGAGGACCGACCCAUUACCAUUCGAGACGACAAGGGCAACACGUCUAAGUGCAUUGCAGAGAUCGUGUCACUGUUCAUCACGAUAAUGGACAAGCUGCGCCUGCAAAUUAACACUAUGGACGCCCUGCAGCCGGACGUCAAGGACCUUGCGGAUAACAUGAACCGCCUGUCGCUCAUUCCGGAAGACUUUGACGCCAAGCUAAAGGUGGAAAAGUGGCUGGGCAGUCUCAACGAGAUGCAGGCAUCCGACGAACUAUCCGAGGGUCGGGUGCGGCAGUUCCUCUUCGAUCUGGAGUCGGCAUAUGCAGACUUCAACAAGCUGCUGCACAGCCAGUAGCAGCAGCCAGUUUCUCAAUGCGUAAAUGUAACAUUUUAUUUAAAUAGUGUAUUCCGAAUUAAACAAGCUUUAUAUGUACUCA